CCGACCCUGACCCGGGACAGCCCUCCCUCCGCCUCCCGUCCGUGGCGGCCCCGCUGCCAUGCUGCCCCGGUGGGCCGUGCUGGCCGUCCCCGUGCUCCUGUGGGCUGGCGCCCUGGGCCAGAGGCCUAGGAAGCCGCCCGGGCCCGCGCCCGCCGUCGCGGCCCUCCAGCCCCAGGCCGGGUUCCACAGCGCGCAGUUUGCAGGCCAGUGGCUCCUCGUGGCCGUGGGCUCCGCUUGCCGCGUCCUGCGGGAGCAGGCCCACGGGGCUGAGGCCACCGCCCUGCACGCGGCGCCCCGGGGGGCGGCCAUGGUCGUCAGCACCUUCCGGAAGCUAGACGGGAUCUGCUGGCAGGUGCGCCAGCUCUACGGAGACGCGGGCGCCCCGGGCCGCUUCCAGCUCCGAGGCGCCCGGGGGCCCGUGCACGUGGUGGUGGCCGACACCGACUACCGGGGCUUCGCCAUCCUGUACGUGGAGCGGGCGCGGCAGCUGUCGGUGAAGCUGUACGCCCGCGCCCUGCCCGUGAGCGCCGCCGCCCUGGGGGAGUUCGAGCGGCGCGUGGCGGCGGCCGGCCUGACGGAGGAGCAGGUCGUGUUCUUCCCCACGUACGGUUUCUGUGCGGCCGCGGACCAGUUCCACGUCCUGGACGAGGUGAGGAGCUGAGCCGGCGGGGCUGCCGACCGCCGUGACCCCCGAGCCCCUGCGCCUGCCUCGGGCGCCCAGAGGCGCUGUGACCCGGGGCGCCCCAG